GUUCUCUGGGUGGGAGGGGCCGUUUGGGUGGGCAGUUGUGACGUCGCUAGACUUGUCGGGUUGCUACGGCACCACUGCUAAGAUUAGGAAUUUUUGGCGGACCUAAGGAAGGGGACUGUGGGCUCAGAGCGCCGGUAAACGGCUCCAGGUGCACGAAAGCUGGAAUGUGGGGGCUCGCGUGCUGCCGCCACAACAACGGUAAAACGGAAGUCCUGCUCCCGCGCAGCUCGGCGUCCGGGCGGAAACAGCGUUCUUCUCGGAGCUGAGGCCCCGAAGCUUCGGGCCUGGGCGGCCUCGGGCUUGGCUGCCGGGAGCUAAGGGAGCACCCUCAGCUGGUAAGAGGGAGGAGGGGACUUGGCGCGUACCUCCCGCCGCGCGGGAGAGCUGGAGCGCACUGCCAGCCUUGCCACAACGGUUGUGUUAAUGCCUCGGAGCAGCCUAGGUCUCCCGACGGAAAGGUUCGUUUCCUUACCCGACAUUUGUCUUAAACAUGGAUAAAUACGCCGCCUUCCAGAGUAGUCCUGUUUCCCUGGAUCGCAGAGCGCCUUUUUGCUUCAAGACGUUAUGUGAUGCUCCCAGUCUCUGAAUUCUGAUACGCUGCUGGGCAUAAUAUUAAACACAAAGGUGUUUAUUUCCUUUCUUCGUAGUUGGGCCGGAAAUAAGAUUCUCUCUCUUUCAGGUAUUGAUGUUGAGCAUGCCUUUUUAGCAUAUUAAAAUGGCUGUACCCCAAACCGCCAUCCCCUCCUUGUCGGAAUGCCAGUGCCGCAUCUGUGUGGAAAUCCUAAUCGAGCCCGUAACACUGCCUUGUAACCACACGCUCUGUAACCCAUGCUUCCAAUCGACUGUCGAAAAGGCGAGUUUAUGCUGUCCCUUCUGUCGCCGCCGGGUCUCUUCGUGGACCCGAUACCAUACCCGAAGAAAUUCUCUUGUCAACAUGGAACUGUGGGAAUUAAUCCAAAAACACUAUCCAAAGGAAUGCAAGCUUAGAGUUUCUGGGCAGGAGUCAGAGGAAAUCGUUGAUGACUGUCAGCCAGUUCGCUUAUUAAGUAGACCCGGGGAAUUGAGAAGAGAGUAUGAGGAGGAGAUAAGCAAGGUGGAGGCAGAGCGACGAGCCAGUGAGGAAGAAGAAAACAAAGCCAGUGAAGAAUACAUACAGAGAUUAUUAGCAGAGGAGGAAGAGGAGGAAAAACGACAGGCAGAAAAAAGGCGAAGAGAGAUGGAAGAACAAGUGAAAAGUGAUGAAGAACUAGCAAGGAAGCUAAGCAUUAAUAUUAACAAUUUCUGUGAUGGAAGUGUCUUGGCUUCUCCCUUGAAUUCCAGAAAAUCUGAUACAGUCACAACCAAGUCUCAAAAGAAAAGUAAGAACAAACAAACAAAUACUGGAGAUAUUCAUAAGUAUUUGUCACCUAAAUCUCAGUUUGGGUCAGCAUCACAGUUUGAAAUUGUACAAGAAAGGAGGAAGGACUCCACGUCUAAGGAAACUGACAGUAGUGUUGUAAAGAGCCCUGCAUGGCAAGAUACAGAAAUUGAGGAAGAUAUGCCAAUACUUUCUCGGCAAAUAUGCGUGGAAAUUCAAGAACAGGGUGAAAAGUCUUCAGAGUCACCCAUGCCUCAGUUAUGUGCUGAUGGUGGAGAAUGGUGCCUUGAAGGGGAAGUCAAAGUGAGACCAACGAAUCAUGAUAAAGAGCUAAGUGUCCUAAAUCAUGAGGGACCUGAAGGCAGAGUUCCCUGCUCUGGGGAAGCUGCAGUUAAGCCUUAUGGCAAAACAGAGAGUGGGUGCACUGUAUCAGGUAUGACACAGAUAAUUGGAAGUAAUACAGUUGAGACAGAAAAUGAAGACUCUUGUCUAUCGAUCAGUAAAGAUAUUUCCAAAAGAAAAAACCCGGAAUCUUUGUCUGAAGCAGUCAGGGAUCCAUGCGUUUCUGCAAAAAGAAGGAAAAUGUUCCCCGAAGCUUCCUCAGAUCAAGAGGAAACAGAAAUCAACUUUACCCAAAAACUGAUAGAUUUGGAACACUUACUUUUUGAGAGACAUAAACAAGAAGAACAGGAUAGGUUAUUAGCGUUACAGCUUCAGAAAGAAGUAGAUAAAGAACAAAAGAAGCCAAACCGGCAAAAAGGAUCCCCAGAUGAGUAUCAUUUACGUCCUACAUCUUCACCUCCAGACAAAUUGUUAAAUGGACAGAGCAAGAAUUCCAAAGAUAGGAACUUCAAAAAACAGACUGAUACAGAGCAUUCAAAAUCUUGGAGAGGCUCAAAAAAUGAAAAUUGGCAGCCAUCUUUUAAGAUCCAGUUGAAACAUUCAGUUAAUGGGAGAAAGGUGCCAAAUUCUUCUAGAGAUAAUUGUAAUGUAUCUAAAAGUUCCCUACAGCCUAGUAAGUCACAGAAAAGUAUUUUUCAGAUGUUUCAGAGAUAUACAAAGUAAUGCAUGGGGAGAAGGAGUGUUUUAUAAUCUAGUAAAGCUGGAUUAUGAAGCUCUCUUUUCUGUCAUAGACUCUUUAUAAUGGUCACACUCAUCGUCUAUAAAGGACUGUGUGAUUACAAGGGAGGACUAUAUAAAUGUGUUUCUGCCAAACUCAGUGGUAAGCAGGAGUCCCAAUCCUUUGCUUUUUUAAUAAUUAUGAUGUACUAAGUUUGACAAUCCUUACGGAUAUAAAAAUGCCUUGGUGAACUCCCAAGAAAUCUUCAAGUGCCAUUCUGUUUCCCAGAAAUGCAUGUUUUACAGCCUUUGCUUCCCUUCUUGUCCUAACUAGUAAUCAAAGCAAGAUGGUACUAUACGGAGUAGUUAGGAACCCAGGCAGGGUGAGUUUUCUUGCCACUUUCCCAUAUAUUUGCAGAGCACUUGAAAUGCAUCUUCCAUAACACUAAAGUAAUCUAGUUUUCAUCUCCACUUUAAUUAUUUUAACCAUUAUAGCAUUUUCUUCAAUUUAAAAUGGUUUAUGAUCAAUGCGUAAUCAGAAAAAUCAGAGUUUCCUGGAAAAUUAGGAAUCAGUUGACAGAAAGGAAACUAGGCUCUUGAUGCAAAAGGAGUUAAGAGUUGGGGUGCAGCUCUGUGGGGGCAGGUUGACCAUUUGGAAGUGUUGGAACUGAGUGAGGGUUCAGAAACUGGGCCUCAGAGGGAGUAGCCGGUGGAGUUUGGUAGAGGGUUCUCCCUCCUCCUUUCUUUGCUAAAUGACAUGGAAAACAUUUGGGUUUUAUAGCUUUUCACAUCAUAGUAUCUGGUAUCAAAAUCAAAAUCAAUUGCUAAAUUGCCUGAAAUUUAGGGAUUUCACAUUUCUAUUAAUCUGCUAUUCCAGGAAAAAAAAAUGGGAUUUUACUGUAGGAGAGUUAAAUAUAAUAUCUUUUGUUGUGGGACCUGAGACAUAACCAUGUGUUUAUUUCCUUAUAUUAUCAUUUGUAUUGAUGCUGACUUUUAUAUGUGUUUAUGGGCAGAAAAAGAGAGUCUGAUGCUUGGGUUUUGCCAUCUUACCCCUGAAAGUUAAAUCAGAAGGCAGUGAUUUCAUUUUGUGAAAUUUAACUUGGAGACUAUUAAUCUUUUUUUCAUUAAUAUAAACAGUUUUAAGCAAAUAGCAGUUUUAACAGCAUUUCUGCUGAUCUCUAGUUGUCCAUCCUUUUAAAGUAAAAAUAAAACAUUCUAGAGCUAAUUCUAGCUUAAAUUUGUCAAUAUUUUUGUACAUUAUUAAGAUUUUUUUUCCUCCAAAUUUUGUAACUGAAAUUCUGUUAGUCUUUGCAUAGUUAAUGGCAUCUAUUCUGAUAUUGAUCGGGUAAUUAUGGGUAGAAUUCUGAUGCUAAUUUAAAAUCUAGUUUGCCCUUUCUCAAAAAAAAAAAGUGAUUGCCCUCUGAGUAAUGAUUGUGCUGGAAAGAAGUCUAGUCAGAAACUAACCAAAUUUCUCCAGAAUACACUAAUAUCUGUCUUCUCAUCAAACCAGUAUUUUUCUAAGAGCAAUUUCACUUAACAUUUUAGGGUGGACACUGUUAGAACUCCUCAAAAGUUGUAUAAUUAAAUUUUCCUGGAAUAGUCCAUGACCAAAAAGGGGAAAAAAUAGUGUGACAUAUAUAGGAUUUAUACAUUUAACCACUUAUUUGUCUGUGAAGAAGUUUUCCUGACCUUAAGAUAAAUUUUCAUUUCUCUGUUAGUUUUUCUGAUAGCCCUACCUUAUAUGCCUUUUCGUUAGAAACUAAUAAAUGUUUUGUGUCAGUCAUUAGAGUAUAUUGCUACUUUUUCCUCUCACUUUUGUGGAGGGAUAGGAGAGUGUUUAACUUCUCAGGGAGCACUAGAACAGUGCAGAGGUUGAGAAUCUGAAAAUUAAAAUAAUAAAAAUUAAAAUGGUCUAUUACAUGUAUUUUACCACAAUUAAAAAAUAAAAAUUAACUACAUAAAAAUAAAAAGUUCUGCAUAACAAAAACUACUACCAUAAUGGAAAAUUGGAAGACAUGGCAAAUGGCGGGAGGGUUGGCGGGGAGUAGAUGCAGUUCAUCACAAAGAGCUCAUUUCCUUUAUGCAAAGUAUCUGCUGAUACAUUAUGAAAACAAUUAAUAACUCGAAAGGAAAAUUAGAAAUGUUCCCAAGAAACAUAGUUCCCAGGAAAGGAAAUACAAAUGUCUCUUAAAUAUGUGAAAAGAUGCAAAAUGUCACUUAAACUAAUGUUUAUACAUUUUUCUACCCUUCACAUUAGUUAAGAUAAAGGUGUUUUUUUGUUUUGCUUUUGUGUAUGUAUGUGUGUUUAAAUCUUGGCAAGAGUGUGGGGAAAUAGGCACUGUUAUCUGUUGGUUGGUAUCAGCAGAAAAUUAAAAAUCCCAAUUCCAAAUUUGGCAAUUCUAUUUCUAGGAAUUUCCUACAUGUAGAAUGACAUGUAUAAAAUAUUUUUGUAUGGCACUAUUUAUAAUAAUAAGCUUAGAAACAACCUUAAUGUCACAUCAGUAGAUAAUAAAUGAUGGUACAAUGAAAUACUAUGUAGCAAUUAACAGCAAAACCACUUUACUGGUAUGAAAAGAUAUAUACAUGUAUUUGCAUAAAAUGUCUAGAAAGAGAAGCAAUUAACGUUGCCAUCAGGGAGAGAAACCGUGGGGCUGGGAGAUGGGGGGAAGAAUGACUUUUCAGUCUGUGUUCUUUUCUAGUUUUUGAAUUUUCAAUCAUACUGAAUAUAUCAUCUAGUCAAAAUUUAAAUGUUUUUUAAAUGUUGCAAGAUAGGAGCGCCUGGGUGGCUCAGUUGGUUGAGUGACAGACUCUUGAUUUCGGCUGGGGUCAUGAUCUCAGGGUCCUGGAAUUGAGCCCCGCAUCCAGCUCUUUGCUCAGCAGGGAGUCGGCUUGGGUCUCUCCCUCUGCCCCUUUCCCGCUUGCACGUGUGCGUGCUCUCUCUCUCUCUCAAAUCAAUAAAUAAAUCUUUUUUAAAAAAAUGUUGCAAGAUAGGGGCACCUGGCUGGCUCGGUUGGAAGAGUAUACGGGACUCAAUCUCAGGUUCUUGAGUUUGAGCACCAUGUUGAAUAUUAGGGAUUACUAAAAAAAUAAACUUAUAUAAAAAAUAUAUAUUGCAAGAUAAAGGGAGCUUAUUAAUCUUAGCCUGCACCACUCUGAAGGGUAUUUUUUGCCUUUACAUUUUAAAAAUAAUUCAGGAAGAUUUUUUCAGUGGAAAAAAAUAGAGUAUUGUGAGUUGAUUUGAAUGUAUUUAGCUUUAAGGUACUAUUUUUAACUUAUCUGAAAAGCAAGACUUAUGCUUUCCAGGUAGCUUUGCAGCAGGCCUGCGUUCCUGCUGAGAGCAAUGAGAAGAGCGAGAUAGAAAUGUAAAAUUGCCAGGGCACCUGGGUGGCUCAGUCCAUUAAGCUUCUGCCUUGGGUUCAGGUCAUGAUCUCAGGGUCCUGGGAUCGAGUCCCACAUCAGGCUUUCUGCUCAGCAGCGAGUCUGCUUCUCACUCUCUCUCUGUGGUCUCUCUUGCUUUGGCUCAGUUGGUUAAGCGACUGCCUUCAGCUCGGGUCAUGAUCGCAGGGUCCUGGGAUUGAGCCCUGCAUCAGGCUCCCUGCUCAGUGGGAAGCCUGCUUCUCCCUCUCCCACUCCCCCUGCUUGUGUUACCUCUUGCUGUCUCUCUCUCUGUUGAUUAAAUAAAUACAUAAAAUCUUUAAAAAAAAAAAAAAAAAGAAAGAAAGGUAAAAUUGCCUACUGAAAAGCAUCAGAGAGCUACUGAAACAAUGAGGACUAAGUUCAGGGUUAAGAUUCGAGAGAAGGGAGACUUAAUGAGAAGUGAACUGAUAUUUGCAACCAAAAAGUGGUUUUGCUGGUAGCAUGUGCCUGUUGUGAAUGCAGGACAAGAAUCAGGGCUGCUGCUAGUGAACAGAAACUGGCAGAGCUCUUGGCCUUCUGAUGAAACUGGAAUAACAAUACUGGAGACUUGAGGGUCAUCGGACACAAGGCCAAUUUUCCCAUUAAGGUAAUUGCCGAGUUUUGAAAUUGCUCCAGGCAGAGGCUCAAAGACUGAAAACCUCUGAAAAGCAGAGAGUUGUCAUCAGGCUCACGCUGCUGAUGAGACAAAAGCAUUCAUGACCUCCUGAGGGAAGGGAGCCUGUUGAGUACACCAGGACCUCAACUGGAAGCCCUAGCACAGGGUCUGUAAAGUACAUCCCAGGGGCCAAAUCUGCAUGUUGCCUGUUGUUGUAGGGCUUGUGGGCUAAGAAUGGUUUUUGUUUGGUUCUGAAGUAGGCUCCACACCCAGUGUGGAGCCCAGCGCAGGGCUUGAACUCACGACCCUGAACCUGAGCUGAGAUCAAGAGUUGGACACUUAAUGGACCCAACCACCCAGGUGCCCCUAGAAUUCCCUUCUGAAUUUGGUCUCUACCUAUAUGACCUUAGGUGAAUUGCUUACCUUUCAUUACCUCACUUUCUUAAUUUGUGAAUGGGAAUCCUAAUGUAACCAACCUAGUUGCUAUCAAGAGGUAAGCACCUGGCACAGGCCUUGAUUCAAAAAAAGAACUGGAAUAAGUGAUGGUUCCUUCCCCCUGGCUCUUCUCUGACCUCACUACUCCACCAGUCCCACUUUUGAAAGAGUCUCACUUCAUCCAGUGACUUCGUGCUCCCAUAAAUCCCCAAAUGUGGCAUCCAAUAAGCUGCAGUUACCUUCUGUCUACUGGUGAACACUCCACUCACCUCUGCCAAGCGUGUCUGCAGCUCCCUGCAUCGCAAGAGACCCCUGCCUAUAAGCCCCAGGUCACAAGAGUCCUUGGCCCCAGAGGAAACGAAUUCUCAGAAAUCCUAAGUGGCGUCUGCAAAUCCCUGUACUAGUUCACAGCUGGUAUGGAUAAAGGUGUGUGAAACACUAAAAACUUUGAGAUUAAAAAGAUGGACUUGAGCCACUACUUAUACCCAUUUCUUAUUCCUGCAUGAAGAUCUUUUUUUUUUUUAAGAUUUUAUUUAUUUAUUUGAGAGAGAGAGAAUGAGAGAGAGCGCAUGAGAGGGGGGAGGGUCAGAGGGAGAAGCAGACUCCCUGCCGAGCAGGGAGCCCGAUGCGGGACUCGAUCCCAGGACUCCAGGAUCAUGACCUGAGCCGAAGGCAGUCGCUUAACCGACUGAGACACCCAGGUGCCCCCUGCAUGAAGAUCUUAAUAAACAAUUAUGACUUCAAAUUUUGAGUCUGAUUUUUUUCCCCUCUAGAAUAUUUUGCCUUGUCUUGGCAGGACUUGGAGCAACCUUGAGUUCAGCUGAGGGGACUCUACAUUUUACUUACUUUACAUUUCUCUUCAACUUGGCUUUUGUAGUUCCAGGUUGCCACAAUCAGGCUCUGUCCCUGGAACUAGUUCAGUUCAGAAGGCUUUCUGUCGCAGGGGAUCAUAAACGGAGUGUCCAUUUUUUGUAUCAUUCCUCUCCAUCUCUUAAGUCCCAUAAAAAGUUUGGGUGUCCGCCUUUUACUGCAGGUUACACUGACCACAGACUUUCCUGAGUACCAGGAUGAGGAUGAGAAUCCCACUCCUUGCUCAGGUUUAUACUAGACAAAUGUGUAUUGAUCAGGGUCCAGUUAAGAAAACAAAAACACAAUAUUUCAACAGAGGGUAUAGAGUGUAGGGAAUCGGUUAGACAGGUGUUAGAACAAAAGGGAAGGAACACUGAGAUAACCCAAAGAUGAUAACUGCAGGAAGUGCCUACUGCCUUCAAAGCUGGGAAACAGAAGAGUUUGGGUUACUAGAAUGAGGCACUUAGGAGGUGGGGGAGGGGGAAUGCGGAAUUGGCGUUCAGACCUUUGAGAAAGAAACCUCUUAAGUGCUGCUGGUGCUCUGAAAGGGUCAAGUGAGUCUAGUUCUAGAAAAGCUGGAUUUGGAAAUUGGAGUCAACUGCCACUGCUGGGGUAACACUGAUAGGAACAGUAAAAAACAAGACUCCCCUUUCUGCCUUUCCUCCUACUACUUAUAAUAGAACUGAGCAGGAAGCUUGCUGAUGGAGGAGGCUGGGAGAGUGGGAAAGUGUCCUUCAUAGCAUUGCAGACUUUGGGAUGGCAGGCUCGGAACUGAGAGAGAAGAAGGUGUGGUUCCCCUCACACUGAUUUCCUUCAGUGGAUUCUGGGACUAAGAUGUCUUGAAAUUUCUUUUUUUUUUUUUUUUCAAAGAUUUUAUUUAUUUAUUCAUGAGAGACAGAGAGAGAGAGAGAGAGGCAGAGGGAGAAGCAGGCUCCCAAGGAGCAGGGAGCCCGAUGCGGGACUCGAUCCCAGGACGCUGGGAUCAUGACCUGAGCGGAAGGCAGACGCUUAACCAUCUGAGCCACCCAGGCGCGCGAUGUCUUGAAAUCUCUAAGGCAAAACCACAGAAAGCUCUUACCCUGACAAAAUGGAGUAAUAUGUGUGGGAAAAUGCUUAAACACAAACAUGCAGAAGUAAAACUUUGUUAAGGAUCUAUGGAAGUAAACUGGAGAACCUUCCCAACUGGUCAGUUUCUAUUGCCCUCAUGAUAUCUGAGUGUCCCCAUCUCGAUCAGAGUUGAUUAUUCAGAGUAAGUUUUGUGUGCAUCACAUCACACAGACUAACAUCACCUAAAGCCACCAUUGUCCUGACUCCCUACCAGCUUCCCAGUUCCUUACCUACGGGGACACCAAGAACCCCUCUCUAAAAUUUCUUUUUGGAAAAUUAAGGCCUCCAGCAUGAUCACCAAAUUCCCAGAGCUCCUAGGAGUGUAUUUCUGGGUACAUCUCAGAGAUACUAGAGUUAGAACACCUGGAUAAAAUUUAAAGGAGGGCAUUUGAGUAAUUGAAGUAGAUCAUAAUGAAGUAAUUCUCCAGAGUAAACCUAGAUUACAAAAAAAUCAGAUGGCAGAGAAAUUGUAUAAUUUUAGCAAGAGGCACUAAGAGAAUACUAGAUCAAUUUGGUUUUAACGUGUGAGAGAAUUGUUCCAAAGAGCUAGAAGUGCUGUAAUUUAUACAACCGUAUUCUAAAUUUACUGAAUUAAAAAGUGUUCAAAACCUCAGCAUUUCAAGAAUAAUUGCCUGUUUGCAAAUGCAUCUUGUAAACAAAAAAAUUUACUUGAUUCCUUCUAUUGGCAAAUGCUUAGCAAACUGCCUAAAGCUUUUAUUUGCAUAAAGCUAAAAAUUAUAUUAACUGACUUAUUUUUAGAAAAAGAUUUUGGGGGGGUUGCUGAUAAGAACAGGUCACAAACCAAAAAAUAGAUAAGUGGCCUAAUUACCUAAGUCUUUGGGGGAGGGGGAGAAGUAGCAAUUUUAAUGCUGCAUAGUAGCAAAAGGUACAAAAAAAAAAAAACUGAACUCAACUUUUCUUUGGCUUAAAAAACUCUUUGAGUAUCAUGUAUUUUUCUGAAACAUUUAUUCUAAGUUUGGUGGCUUUUGCAUUAAAUUGUUUAUUUUUAUUUUUUUAUCUUUUUUUUUUUUAAGAUUUUAUUUAUUUGACAGAGAGAGACAGUGAGAGAGGGAACACAAGCAGGAGGAGUGGGAGAGGGAGAAGCAGGCUUCCCGCUGAGCGGGGAGCCCAAUGCGGGGCUCGAUCCCAGGACCCUGGGAUCAUGACCUGAGCCGAAGGCAGGCACUUAACGACUGAGCCACCCAGGCGCCCCCCCCCCUUUUUUUUUUAUCUUUUUAAAAGAUUUUAUUUAUUUGAGAGAGAGAGUGAAAGAGAGAGAGAGCACGAGAGGGGGGCAGAGGGACGUAGAUAGAGGGAGAAGCAGACUCCCCACUGAGCCGGGAACCGGAUGUGGGGCUUGAUCCCAGGACGCUGGGAUCAUGACCUGAGCCAAAGGCAGAUGCUUAACUGAGCCACCCAGGCACCCCAUUAAAUUGUUUUUAAAUGUCAAAAGGUUAUUUUGGUCGGGGAAGAGAGAAACAAUUAUUUUGUCAUUUUACCUUAAUUUUAUGGAAUGUGGUUUGUGUUUUUCUCCAGAGUCUUAAGAGCAGUUACUAUAGAAAACACUUAUUUUGAAUGAGGUUGAGGUGAGUUUUUUUAUUUUAGGCAUUUAAAAUGCCCUAAGAACAGUAUUUAUUUUUUCUGUUUGCGCUCUUAUUUUUCUAUUGUGUUAUUGGGCUUCUCGAUUUCUAGGGGCUCUUUAUGUAUUGGGAAAAUUGGCCCUUUCUUUGUAAUAAGUUACAAAAAAAUUUCCCAAUGGGAAUAAAAGAGUCCCCACACUCUGAGAGAAAGAUGGAUUGUUCUAUAGCCAUGGUAACCAGUAACCUUACCAGAACAGGUUAUAAGCCUGUCUAAUCAAUCAAUGACAACUUGGUUCAUUGAACACACCUCUGAAAACCAACCAAUCAGUAACAGCCUUAUGCUUUGAAAGUCAACUAAUCAUCGGUGGUCUCCUGCCAGUAGACACUUUCCAACAUAAUCAAUACUAUCACACUCCCCUAUAUGUGAUUGACAGUUUGCUUUGUGAAAUGCUGAUCACCUGACCACCAACAUACCUGUCCAUUUCUAAAGUAAUAAACUCAGAUUUGAGGUCUUAGUUACUGAGUGUUAAUCUUAUAUUUUGACACCAAUUUGUCAUUUGACUUAGUAAGCUUUCUUUUUUGCCACGCUGAAAUUUAUCUUUAUAUAAUUUGAUUUUUCAAUCAUUUAUAAAAACAAAUAUUGAUUUUUUUUGUUAAAAGGAUUUUCUCCACAGCUAUAAAGGUGUUACCCUUCCUCCCCCCUCAAUUAAGUGUGUGUGUGUGUCUGUGUGUGUGUGUUUUACAUUUCAAUUUUUGACUCAUUGGAUGUUUAACCUGGUGUAGGGAGUAAGUACGUCCAACUUUUCUCCCCCAUUGUUUAUUCAGUUUUCCCAUCACUAUUUUUUAAUGUUUGUUUGUUUGUUUAUUAAUCUCUACACACCCAGUGUGGGGCUAAAACACAUGACCCUGAGAUCAAGAGUUGCAGGCUCUUCCGACUGAGCCGCCAGGCAUCCUCCCAUCACGUUUUUUUAAAGAAGCCUAUUAUUGCCACUAAUCUGAGACGCCUGCUUACCAUAUGCUAAACAUAUUAGGGUCUAUAUCUGGAUUUCCUCUUCUGUUUCAUUGUCAUGCUCUCCAUCCGUGUGUUGUUAGCACACUGUUUUAACUACUGAAGUUGUAUGAUACAGCACGUCACCCCUCAUUGCUCUUUUUUUCUCACAAUAUCCUGGCUAUUCUUGUAUUUUUCCAUACAAACUAGAAUCCCAUUCGGUUUCUGGCAGUCUCUUGUCUCUGACUGCUUCCUUUCCUUCAAUCACAGUAGCUGCUGCCAAGGAUGCUGCCUCUGUUUUCUAAAGGGAUUCCCUGUCAAAUUCGCCACCACUAGACUGUAAUUUUCUCACCUUUCCUCUCUACUUGCCUCCCCUGCCUCCCCCUACCUCCCCCUGCCUGCCGCUGCCUCCCCCUGCAAUGCUUAUGCCUGGCCCUAUUUGUUCCCAGACCUGCACACAGGAGUUCCUCGGCCCACAGGGGCCCUCGCCUUCUGAAAAUGAAUGCUUGCUGAUGUUUUUCUGAGAUCUGCCACCUCUAGGACCCCUUGGCAUUUCCCUUUCUUGCCCAAUGACACGCUCCAGAUCCACUACACCUGUUUAGCUCCACAGGUUGGCUGUUGUAGCAAAGAGGGUUUGAAGCCAUACUGGGGAAACUCACAUAGCAAGGAAGUGUGAGUGGCCUCUAGGAGCUGAGGACAGUCUCAAAGCAACAGCCAGCAAAAACUGAAGCAGAGAAGUAUGCUGCCAACAACCACACAAGCAGGGAAGUAGAUCCUGCCCGCAGUGGAGCCUCCAAAUGAGAGCCCAGCCCCCACCAACACCUUGAUUGCAGCUUGUGAGACCCCAGGCAGAAAAUGUAGCUAAGCGGUGCCCAGCUUCUGACUGUGUAAUAAUCUAUGUGCUGUUGUUUGAAGACACUGCGAUUACAUUGUUAUGCAUCAGUAGUUAACCCAUAUAGAUCAUAUGACCUGAGAAACUGCGGAGUUUGAAAUGGCCUUUCCUUCCCAUUUGCCACUCCCCAAAAAAACCUUCCCACAAGAAGUCUUGCUCCCUUUCCCUUAAACUCACUCAUCAUUAUAACACAUUUUCUGAUUACCCUUCCAGAUUUUCACUCUUGUCCUAAGAAUGCCCCAAGAAGAUCAUCACCUGUAAGGGGCCUUGCUUACCCUCUGACUUCUAGUUGAAUUGUAUUUAGCAGGAAAUAAGAGGGAGAGGAGGGUAUGAUUGGAAUAGUUAUCUCCCUCACCCCUCCCCAGGAUCACGCUGGUCUGGCUGGCUGCACCCCUCACCUGAGUCAUAGCUCCUGUAAGGAAGUGCUCACCACACAGCCUCUCUUUCCUGGGUCUGGUAACUGCUUCCUCCUCUCCACCCUUCUGAUCUAGGAGUGGUAACAGCUCUCUGGCAUUGCUACAAGGAACCAUCUUGUGCUUUCCCCACACCAUGCCCACGCCUUUAUAAAUAAUCCCUCUUCUCAAAUUAUCUAGUUUUAACUGAGCCAUCUAUCUCUUGCCAGGUCCCUGAGUGGUACUGUUAACUAGACUAGGAAGCAUACCAGCUACUGAAAAUCAUGGAAAUGUUCCAUAUCUUGCAAACUCAUUGAACAGUGCACUUAAAAUGUAUGUAUUUUAUUGCAUGUAAAUUACAUCUUUAUUUUAUUAUGUUUAUUUUCAUAUUUUUUAAGAUUUUAUUUAUUGAGACAGACAGACAUAGAGAGCACAAGCAGAGGAGGAUCAGAGAGAGAGGGAGAGGCAGACUCCCUACUGAGCAGAGAGCCCGACAUGGAACUCCAUCCCAGGACCCUGAGAUCAUGACCUGAGCUGAAGGAAGAUGCUCAACCGACUGAGCCACCCAUGUGCCCCUAUUUUUAUUUUUUAAAAUUUAUUUGAGAGAGAGAGAAAGACAGCAUGAGCAGGGGGGAGGGGCAGAGAGAGAGGGAGAAGCAGGCUCCCCGCUGAGCAAGGAGCCAGAUGUGGAGCUCCAUCCCAGGACCCCGGACCACGACCUGAGCUGAAGGCAGAUGCCUAACUGAGCCACCCAGGCGUUCCUAUAUCUCAAUUUUAAUUAAUUAAUUAAUAUCUCAAGUAAAAAAAAAAUAGUCCAUGAAAUCUGUAACCCAUGCCUGUUGGUUCCUAUGGGUCACUCAAUGACCCUUAGCAUAAUUCCCAUAUCACAAGACACCCCUGCCUACAUGCUCCCCUGUGUCUCAAGAGAUCCCUGAACCACAGAGGAAAAUAGUUAACAGGGAGGAAAAAAAAUCUUUUUUUGGAAAGAUUUUAUUUAUUUGUCGGAGAGAGAGAGAGAGCACAAGCAGGGGGAGUGGCAGGCAGAGGGAGAGGGAGAAGCAGGCUCCCUGCUGAGCAGGGAGCCCAAUGCAGGACUCUAUCCCAGGACCCUUGGAUUAUGACCUGAGCCGAAGGCAAAUGCUUAACUGACUGAGCCACCCAGGUGUCCCAGGAAAAUAAAAUCUUUAUGACUUCCUGAAGUUACUAUACUCAUUCCACUUAUUUGUUCUUAAUAAAGGACUUUUUUUUUAAGCUUGUAAUUUUAAGGUAAUAAUUAAGAGAACUGAACCUCACCUGUUUCUCCAUCCUGUCUGCAGAUCUUAAUAAAUGACAGUUUCAUUUUACAUUUGGAGACUGUCAUCUAUUUCUUCUCUCUCUGCCAUCCCUCAUUUUAGCUAUUUUUAACCAGUAGUGAGGAGGAGAGGGCACCUAUUCACAUGUACUAUUUUUUUUUUUAAGAUUUACUUAUUUUAGGGGCGCCUGGGUGGCUCAGUUGGUUAAGCGACUGCCUUCGGCUCAGGUCAUGAUCCUGGAGUCCUGGGAUCGAGUCCCGCAUCGGGCUCCCUGCUCAGCAGGGAGUCUGCUUCUCCCUCUGACCCUCCCCCCUCUCAUGCUCUCUCUAUCUCAUUCUCUCUCUCAAAUAAAUAAAUAAAAUCUUUAAAAAAAAAAGAUUUACUUAUUUUAGAGAUGGGGAGAGAGAGAGAGCGCUCGCGUGAGUAGGGGAGGGGCAAAGGGAGAGAAUCUCAAGCCGACUCCCUCAGAGCCCUACUAGGAGCCCAUCUCACGACCCUGAGAUCACAACUUGAGCCAUACCAAGAGUCGGAUGCUUAACUGACUGAGCCACCCAGGCGCCCCUAUUCACCUGUACAAUUAUGUGACUACUUAUUGUUUCCAAAAUAUUUUUUAUUCAUAUCAAUGACGAAUUUUCAGGUAUUUAUUUAUUUAUUUAUUUAUUUAUUUAUUUAUUUAUUUAUUUGACAGAGAGACCCAUUGAGAGAGAGAACACAAGCAGGGGGAGGGGGAGAGGGACAAGCAGGCUCCCUGCAGAGCAGGGAGCCUGAUGCAGGGCUCGAUCCCAGGACGCUGGGAUCAUGACCUGAGCCAAAGGCAGACGCUUAAUGACUGAGCCACCCAGGCGCCCCAAUUUUCAGGUAUUUAAAGGCAAAUUAAAAUUUAGAGUAAGGGUGCCUGGGUGUCUCAGCCAGUUAAGCGUCCUACUCUUGCUCUCAACUCAGAUUUUGAUAUCAGGGAUGUGAGGUCAAGCCCCACCUUGGCCUCCAUGCUGGGCACGGAGCCUACUUAAAGAAAAAAAAAAUUCAGAGCUUUUCUGGAAAUGCUGUUGAAGAGAGACUUUGCCUGGGAUGAUGCCAGCAUCCAUUCUCCCCCUCAAGUCACUCUCUCCAGAAUUGUCUUUGCUUUUCAAAACCCCUUUCCCAUUUAUGCCCCCUAUGGUACUGGGGCUCUGGGUGAGGAGGGAUGCAGGAGCAGUUUCAAGGAAGAGAGACAUCAUGUGAUCUUAGGGCGUAUUGGUCUUUAUUAUAACUUGGACAUUAGUCAAGGACAGCACUACUAAUCGCACAUACUUUGGGUUAUAAAGGUAAAAAUGUUAAAUUCAGAAGCUAUUAGCUUCCUCCACCCUCACUAUAAAAAAGAUAGCUUAUUGGGGUGGCUUGCUGGCUCAGUUGGUAGAGCAUUUGACUCUUGAUCUAGGGGCCAUGGGUUUGAGCCUCACACUGGGCAUAGAGCUUACUUAAAAUAAAUAAAUAAAAUUUAAAAAUUAAAUGAUCAUAUGUAAAAAAAAAAAAAGUCCCAAUUACAGGCCUCAAAUGUUUGAGUUUUGGAUUAUGAUACUCCUCUGAGUCAUACCCAGGAGUCUAACUUAUUCUAUUAUUAUCCUUGGUAAAACGUGUGCCAACUUCCUCGAGCUAUUCAAUUUCAUUUAUCACUUCUAAAUUACAUCUUGUUUGGGGACAAUUCUAGAGUUUCAGGUACUCAAAACUGAAAUAUGACUGCCUAAACAUAUGAGAUAAUAUCUCUGAGUUAACAUUUUUUGAAAAUCAGCUGUGAGCUAGGUACUGUGCUACAUGCUUAACAUCUCAUCUAAUCCUUUCAACAAGUCUGUGAGGUAGAUACUAUUAUUAUGCCCAUUUUACAGAUGAAGGAAACUUACAGAGAUUGAGUAAUUUGCCCAAGGUCAGAAAGAAUGAGGCAGAGUAAGGAUUUGAACGGAGGACUGCUUGACUCUUCAGACUGGUCUUUUGACUCUCUUCUGUUCAGAAAGGGAAUAAGUGAAGAUUCAAUUUCAAAGGAAAAAAAAGGAAGGGAUUGUGUGCAGUUAUAGACACCUAGUAAGGGGGAUGGUAUGCCCCAUUUUAUAGAGGAAGAACCUGAGACCCAGGCGGUUGACGCUUCCCAAGGGGAUUCUGACGGUAAGUGGAAAGUCAGAAUUUAUAUCCAGAUCGGAGUCUAAAACCCAGUUCUUUCAAGUCAAAUGUGCUGCCUUGUUUUUUUUGGUUUGUGUGUGUGUGUGUGUGUGUGUGUGUCUUAAGUAGGCUCCACACUCAGCACAGAACACAGUGUGGGGUUUGAACUCACAACCCUGAGAUCAGGACCUGAGCUGAGAUCAAGAGUCAGAUGCUCAACAGGCUUAGCCACCCAAGCCACCCAGGAGGCCCAAAAUGUGCUGCCUUGCUAAAUAUAAAUUAUAUAAAAUAAAUAAAAGGAUUUAAUAUAUUUUUAUAACACCUGGAAUGUGUAUGUCACAUUUAUUUCUGGUGCUUAAAGCUGCGGCGAUGAUAAGAUUUCCUGCGGUACAAAGGAAAACAGGGAUGGGCCUGGGCAGGCCUGAGGACACAGUGAAUGGCUACCAGGGAAGAACACACCUCAGAGGAGAGAGAGGGCAGGAGGGCCAGAGAGAUAGGAGGAAAAUCAGCAGGUGUGGUACCUCGGAGGCUAAGAGUGAGACUGUUCUAAGAAGGAGGAGUAAGCAGGGGCGCCUGGGUGGCUCAGUUGGUUAAGCGACUGCCUUCGGCUCAGGUCAUGAUCCUGGAGUCCCUGCAUCGAGCCCCGCAUCGAGCCCCGCAUCGAGCCCCGCAUCGGGCUCCCUGCUCGGCGGGGAGUCUGCUUCUCCCUCUGACCCUCCUCCCUCUCCUGCUUUCUGUCUCUCAUUCUCUCUCUCUCAAAUAAAUAAAUAAAAUCUUUAAUAAAAAAAAAAAAGAAGGAGGAGUAAGCAAAUGCCGAAUUCUACUGAAAAUUCAGUUGAGACAAAAACUGAUAAACAUCUAUAGGAAUUAGCAACUUUGAGGUCUUAGAUGACCCCAGUAACAGCAGACUGGGUGCAAUGUGAGCAGAAUUCCAAAUGGAGUGGUUCUGAAGUGAGUAGGAGGGGAGAAAAACGGAGGUGGUUGUGUGGACAACAAUGUAGGGAGGUUUCGUUCUGAGAGGAGGUGGGGAGCGAUUAGUGUGUAGCUCUGGUGGGAAGGGGAGCGCACGUGGGCACAUUGAAGUGCCAGUGGAGAGGGUCCCGUUGAGAAGGAACGUUGUGCUCUCCACACAAAGGCAAAAGAAGGGAUAGAUCUUGAGCAGGAGGAGAGCUGGCUUUUCUGUCGUGGGAGGGGACAGGACGAGUCAAGCAACACGGCCAUAUCUGUGCGCGGAGUGGCUCCAGGUCAAUGGAGUUCUUGCCUGAUGGCUCCAGUUUUCAGGUUCUCAGUUGAGAGUGAGCAGGGAGGGCGGCUGCCCAAGAUCUGGGGAGAGAGAAACGUAGUAGGGACAUGUCAUCAUCUCUUUGGAUUCCCUUGGCUUUACCUGCCUCUUAUUCCAGCCACUGUGGCAGCAACCGGUUCAGCCUGGGCUCCCAGCUGCUCCGUGUGGCUGCCACCACGUCGCACCUGGCCACCAGCCUGUGCCCGGCGGCCGGUCUGCGGUGUGAUCUGACCCUACUUGCAAGCUCAGAAGUGAGCCUAUGACUGUCUCACGGCUGCUGGCGGAAGCCCCGAGACUGCUGGGUCGUUAUUCCUGGUACAGCAGGCAGUGGGAGCGUCAGUUCCGUGUAAGUUCUCCGGGCCACGGAGAGGAGCCAAGAGAGCUGCCAUACUUCAUACUUGUUCUCGUACAUCUACGAGAAUCUCCUCGGGAGACAUUGUGAAGGGGCUGAGAUCCUGUGUGAGCAACUGACCUGGGUAAGUGCUAAUGUAACCCCAUUUGCACACACACACACACACCCGCCCCCCCCCCCCCCCGGCUGAUAAGGCCUGGAGCCUUCAGGUUACACUUCCGAAUGUCGAUACAUAGUUUAUGGUGAAGUGACAAGAAUAGAGUUCUAGAAUCAGAUAGAUGUGGAUUCAAAUUUACCUUCUAGCUGUGAAGCCCUAACUUCUCGGAGUAUUUCCUCAACUGUGAAACAGACAAUAAACCCUCACAGAAUGGCUGAGAAGGUGCAGUGAUACCGCAUAUGUAUGGCAGGGUCAGUUUUUGAGAUAGGAACCAAUAUUUUAUUCUGUCCUUGCAUUAUUUGGUCACAUGUAGUCAUCGAGGCUAUUUGACAUUCAUUUCUUUUUUUUUUUUUUAAGAUUUUAUUUAUUUAUUUGACGGAGAGAGACAUAGCGAGAGAGGGAACACAAGUAGGGGGAGUGGGAGAGGGAGAAGCAGGCUUCCCGCUGAGCAGGGAGCCCGAUGCGGGGCUUGAUCCCAGGACCCUGGGAUCAUGACUGGAGCCGAAGGCAGACGCCUAACGACUGAACCACCUAGGCACCACUUGACAUUCAUUUCUUCAGGAAAAGUUCACCUAGGAAAUAACAGAGGAAAAAGAAGUUAGUUUUAGGCUUUUGAGUCUCAAAAUCUAGCCCCCAGAGAGAACUCAACACAAGAACAAUAAAUUUGUAAGAAUACCUAAUGCUGAGUGAGGGAGAUCACAAUAUGCCACCCCAAAAUAUGCCACUUAGUAUAAAGAUUAUUUUAAGGUAAAGACAUUUGAGAUUCAACAAUUGCAGAAAAAUAGCCUUCUCAGAGCUUAUGUGACUAAAAGCAACAACACCUAGGAAAUAAGGCCGCCGUAAAUACCUCUUCAGGGAAGAUUUACUCCCAAAAGGGAGAAUAAGAACAAAACCUACCCUAAAUUCCUUUUCCAGGGAAAUUUUAUGGCCCUGAAAGAAACAGAAAGACCACUCAUAACGGUAUAGACAAGCAUUAUUGCAACUUUCUUAUUUCCUAUUUGUUCCCCUGGAAACCAAACAUCUUUUUUUUAAAGAUUUUAUUUAUUUGAGAGAGAGAGAGAGGGGGAGACAGAGCACAAGGAGGGGGAGUGGUGGAAGGAGAAGCAGACUCCCCACUGAGCAGGGAGCCUGAUGUGGGGCUCAAUCCCAGAACCUUGAGAUCAUGACCUGAGCUGAAGGCAGAUGCUUAACCAACUAAGUCACCCAGGUGCCCCAAACCCAAACAUUUUUUAUCUUUCCUUUUUUUUAAUUACUUAUUUUUUAAAAGAUUAUUUAUUUAUUUGAGAGAGAGAAAGAGAAAGAAAAAGAGGGGCAGUGGGAGAGGGAGAAGCAGACUCCCUGCUAAGAAGGGAGCCCGAUGCGAGGCUUGAGCCCAAGACCCCGGGAUCAUGACCUGAGCUGAAGGCAGACAUUUAACCGACUGAGCCACCCAGGAGCCCCAUUUUUUAUCUUUCUAAAAAGUCAUUUAACUUCGUGUAAGUGCCUCUCUUCCCACUCCUCUUUACCUAUUAAGACGGUAUAUAAGCCGUAAAUUCUAAGCCCUCAUAUGAGUUACUCAUCACUAAGUUCUCUAGCAUGUAUGUGUGUUGCAUAUGUAAAUAAACUUUUCCCCCUCUCAUUAAUCUGUUUUUUGUCAGUUUAAUUUACAUGGUCCUAGUACAAGAACUAAGAGGAUAAAGGGGACUAAAUCCCCCCACCCCCCACAUGAGUAAGAUAGGAUUCCCUGUUCUAGGACCAAAUAAGGAAUCUCUGGGCUGGUAGAGGGGGAGAAGGAGAAGUAUUACAAGUGCAGGUAAUAUGUGUCCUUAGAGAGAGAGACCCUUUGCCCCAGACCCCUACAUGUCUCAGAAAUAUGUUUCAAAACAACAUGGAAACAGAAGAGACAACCUUAGUGCUUCCCUUGCUCCAUUUGCGGGAUGGGAGCAGGAAAACAUUUCCCGUGUGCUCAAAGGUGAUGCAGACAUGUAGCCCAGAUGGUCUUUGGACCCAAAGAAAUCCUGCAGAUGGGAACAAGGGAGAACCCCAUGGUGUCUGGGGGAACACUAAACAAGGCUGUGCCAAUAUCUCAGAGAUGCUGGUGUGAAGAGAUGACAAGCAAGGACCACAUGCAUCCCCCUGGGGGCCUAAUGCAAGACCCCAUAGAGCUUAGACACAGUUUAGGUAAAGCAUGAAGAAAUAAACUUAGUAACUUAAGUGCAACUAAAUUUUGCCACCCCAGAAGACAGGAACUCCCAGCAGAAACUAAAUUGAAUUAUAGAGGAGUAAUGCUAGUAUACAACUCUUUCUGGUUCAUGAUCAGUAUUGGCUAUUUGUGGGGCUCAUCCAGGAUGUCUUAGAAUUCUGGGGUAGCCUAUAUCUGCUCGAAGACUGAAUACUAA